AUGAAGGAAGGUGCUUUGCAUAGAGAGUGGUCAUUGUGGAACCAGUGGGUGCUACAACAGAAGAUUACGAAAACAAAACUUUCAGGACAUUGUCACAAAACCAAACCUGACCAACCCGUCUCGGAGAAGCUUCUCUAUGACGCUUAUCCCCCUGAGAAAAAGCCAGAGAAGAUCGACCAAUUGGUCAAUUCCAUGUCGUUCAGAUCCUUUUCCAAAAAUUUCAUUGCUCUUGCUGCAAUCUUAUAUAUUUUGUUUGGAGGCAUGUUGCGAUCUUUUCAGAAAUCCUGCAGUGAAGGUGGCCAGGAAAUCCAUCUCUCCAACAUCCAACAUGCCAUCGAUGAUGGCAUUCUUCAAACCUCUCUGGUGGGAAAUCAAUCCUUGCAUGAAGUCAUUGACAUCCCAUACUAUCCGGUGUUUAAUUUGAGCGAGCCAGUUUACAACAAAACUUUAUUGUCCCACACGUUUGGUUUGUCUUGGAACAAACCAGUCUUGGUGAAAUACUCCCCACCAACAAACACUACUUUCAACAGAGUGGCACUCACUUUAGAUACCACUGUUGACGGUGUACAGUACGAUCGAUUGGUCCACGUUUAUCUGAACAACAAUGAGAUCUGGAGAUCGUCAACUAUAGAACCGGCUGGCAGACUUUCGCAUUCCAGGGUAGUCAAAGACGUCACAUUAUAUAGAACGCUCUUUGAGAAAGAAGGUGACUUGUUAAUCCAGUUGGAUAACUUGGUUACCCCAAAGCUAACAGGAAAAUUCAACGUCACUUUGACUGCCCAUUAUUAUAACGACCAAAAUGAAGCCAGACAACUUCCAAAAUUCCAUCCAUUGACACCUUCUAAAUUUGGUGUUGAAGUGCCACCAAUUUCUUAUGAUGCUAAAGUUUCGGUUCCAUUACCUGAAAUAAAUGCAAAUACUACCCAACUCUUGAUGUUACUUUCAACAUCAGGCAACUCGGCCGAAGAAUUUUGGUAUAGCAAUUUACUCGAUGAAUACAAAGAUCAGUUUUUGAGCAAUAACCGCCAUUUCUACGGCCACGGGUCUUGUAGGGUUAUUAAUGUGUUUGUCAAUGGAAUCCGUGUCCAUAGUACCAACCCAACGCCAUAUAUUUUUACAGGCGGUAUUGCUCCAAGUCUUUGGAAUUCAAUUGUUUCUACAGGUGCGUUUGAUUUGAUUCCUUACCGUGUUGAUUUGACUCCAAUUAUUCCUUUGCUUUGGGAUGAGUCUGCAGAAUUAGAAAUUGAAAUUUCAAAUUGUAUCGAUGAUGUGGAUUCAGCUACUGCCAAAUCGGGCAUUGGUUCAAAUUGGAUAACAUCUGCUACUCUAGCCAUCUGGGAGGAUGAAACUAUUGAUUUUUCAUAUGGUGACAUUCAUUCAUUUGAUAACUCCACAAAAGUCAAAAGAUUUGCUGUUAAUCCUCCAUUUAGCGGAAUGCUAACUCAGAUUCUUAAAGCUACAUAUUCAAACACUUUCUUAACAAACCUCACACAUGUUUUCAAAGAUGGUAAUGAAUCCAAUCUUCUUUAUUCUUACGAGAACACCAUUAAGCAGACUUCUAUGAUUGUACUUACCAAAAAUGCAGAUGUCCAGACUGGAUUGUACAUUCCGUCUUCUAACACUUCGAUCAAAGUCAUUGGUGACGACAACUCUCUUUUGAAGGAUUCACAAAGCCUUACAAACGCCACACUAGCAAGUAAACUGUCAUUUUUGACACCUUUAUUGCCCAAAGAGAUUCCAUUCCACGUUGACCUGUCGCUCAGUAUCGGUUCAGCCGCUUAUAAGGAUGACAAAUUGUUGGCCGAAAGAUAUGCAAGGGAAAAUGGAACAGCUGAGUUUACAAUUUCUCCAAAUGGAAAUCACGGAACAGGAAGCGUGUUACACCAGUAUACGUUAAGGGAUAAGAAUGGUUCGACAUAUAAUAGGGAAGCUCUAUCCGCUAAUAGUACUAUUCUUUAUGAUAAUGUGACAGAAUCUAUUGCUUAUUCAGAGCCGCUGAUAGAUAUUUUGAAAUCAUUUGUUGAUUUGGAUUGCCCAAGCACUGAAGAACUUAACACUCUCUACAAUGCCCUAAAUACUGAAGAUUCACAGGCCUUCAUCCCUGAGAUAAUGGACUAG